CGUUCACAUUGUUGUUGUUGUGCUUUCGGAGUGGUAAUAUUAAAAAAUGAGUGCAGUGUUCUUUAAGUUUGCAAUUACAUUAGUACCAGUCAGUACUAGUCAGACAAGUGUAGAACUGGCGAGGAUCAAUUAAACUUCUUAGGAUGAUUGUAUAGUAUGUGUGGGUGGCUAUCAAAUGAUAAGAAAAUAAAGAGCACAGUGAAACAGCAGAGUAUUCAGCGGCCAGUUGCAUAUGACAGAAGAGUUUUUAUUGUAUUUUUCUUGAAAGACAUUGAUAGUUGACGAUGUCUGAUGCAACAGCUGUUGAUUUCAAAUUGCUGACAGCCGAGCAACAGGAAUUUGCUGCUAGCUAUUUAAAUGAAUUAGAAGAAAUUAGAGAUCAAAAGAUAGAGGAAAUUAGACAAUGGAUUUUAAAGAGCGAAGAUCUCUGCGCGCGCACAGAUGACAAUUUCAUUUUGUACUUCCUAAGAGGCUGCAAAUUUAAAAUCGACAGAACCAAAUGGAAAUUGAGAAAUUAUCACAAACAAAGAGCCACUAUGACAGAAUGGUUCUUAAACCGAAAUCCACUUUUACCUCACCUGGUGGAAUUAACUAAUCUGGGAGUAUUUUUACCGUUAAGGAAAUUAGAUGACCAAGGUAGAAUGGUUAUAAUUAUAAGAGCUGCUGUCCAUGAUCCUAAUAAGCACAAAUUUUCUGAUGUUAUUAAGAUUGGCAAGAUGAUUUUAGACGUCGCAACUAGAGACAAUGUUUCAGUUUCCUUGCACGGACUUAUAGCAAUUCUGGACCUGGAAUCUGUAACUCUUGGCCACGCAUUACAAUUAACACCAAAUGUCGUAAAGCAAUUGGUUCACUCUUGGCAGGAUUGUUAUCCAUUCAGGAUAGGAUCUCUCAAUUUUAUCAACGCGCCAAUGUAUGUAAACGUCGUGCUCAAUGUUUUUAAAAGUUUCAUGUCUGAAAAACUCCGCAGUAGAGUUGUGAUUCUUCGACGUGGAAUCGCCGGAAGAGUUUCACCUGAUAUUCUUCCUAUUGAAUAUGGUGGCACUGAUGGCAGCAUUCAAGAUUUAAAAGAUUACUGGAAAACUGUCGUGGAAGAGAAUUCGGGUUGGUUUGCUGAAUCUGAAAAGUACAAAGUGAUAUUAUGAGAAAACAAAGAUGUUAUUAAACAUUGCAGUUGAAAACAAGAGGACUUUAUGAAGAAUUAUGUUUAUGGAAGCGUUGUAUUUCUGGAGGUUUAUUUAAUUUUUGAAGUCAAGAGGCUUGAGGAAAAUAUACGAGCAAAUUUUGAAAAUGGGGUUUUAUAUUUAUAAUUAAUACAAGUUAAAUAAUACAUACACUUAAGUCAUGGGCAAGUAGAAUUCGUCCUACAACUAACCAGCUACUAUCUAUAACAACUUUUUUUGUAAACGCUAAUUACAAACCCCCUUCUUCCUGGGACCAAUUUACCCGAGGCACGCUCGUACAGAGUUUAAAUUCAUUUCUUAUUUAUAAAAUGCUUUCCCGAUUAAUAAAAUAUUUCAAAUAUCAGACUAAA